AUGCCGAGAGCACUCGGGUUUGCGGCUGCUAUGGUAGCUGUCGCUGCCGCAAGAUACCGCGACGCCGACCGCUGCACGGCGAUCAUCGUCGGCGCCGAGGCGUCGACGACGGGCGCGCCCAUGACGACGCAGACCAACGACUGCAGCUCGUGCGACUUUCGCAUCGUCAAGAUCCCGCCCAAGGUGCACGGAAUGAACGCGACCCGUUCGAUUUGGCCGGCGAUCCAGUACUUUCCUCGCUACGUCGGGUCUGCCCGCGGCGCGCCCGAGUACGACGCCGCGAAUCUACCCCACGGCUUUUACAACUGUCUCCCGCAAGCGAACGCGACGUUCGGGUACAUUGAAGGCGUGUAUGGCAUCCUGAACGACCACGGCCUCGGCGUUGGCGAGAGCACGUGCAGCGCCAAGCUGUGGGCCAAGCCGGCCUACGACGGUGGCCGCGCUCUUUUGGACAUUGUCGAGCUGUCGCGGCUUGCGCUGGAGCGAACGCAGUCGGCCCGCAGCGCGAUUGCGCUCAUGGGCUCCUUGGCCGAAACCUACGGAUACUACGGCGGGUACUGGUCUGGCGAGGACGACGACAACAAGGCCGAGGCCGGCGAGACGCUCACGAUCAUCGACGCGACCGAAGCGUGGGUCUUCCACAUUUUGCCCGAUGACACGGGCGCGUCGGCGGUGUGGGUUGCCCAGCGUUUGCCACCGACGCACGUUGCCGCCGUCGCCAACGCCUUUAUCAUCCACGAAGUCGACCUCUCGGACGCGACAACGUAUCUCGGAUCGUCCAACCUUCAUGACGUGGCGCGCCGAAACGGCUUUUGGGAUGGUCGUUCGAUCUUUGACUUCACGCGCGCGUAUGCGCACCCACCGGCCAACCCGUGGUACUCGACGCGGCGCCAGUGGCGCGUGCUCACGCUGGCCAACCCGGACCUCUCUCUCUCACCGCAUACGGACGCCUACGGUUCGGACUACCCUUUCUCUGUGCCGGUGGCGACUCGGCUCUCCGCGGCCGACCUCAUGCGCUUCCAGCGCGACCACUACGAAGGCACGCCGUGGGACUUGACGCAAGGCAUCGCUGCCGGCCCGUACGGCAACCCAGAUCGCUAUGAAACGGGCCACUGGGACGGCAACGAGUUUGAGCGUGCGAUCUCGAUCUUCCGUGCGUCGUACUCGUACAUUGCGUCCGUUGCAGAUAACGGCACGAGUGUGCUCUGGGUUGGUCCGUACGCACCGCACGGGACACUGUUUACGCCCGUGUUCCCAUUGGCGAGCCGCAUGCCGAGCGCCUUGGCGACAGGGUCGCUUCUCCAGUACAACGCGUCGAGUCUCUUCUGGACCAACGCUGUCGUUGGCAACACGGCCGCCCGAUUUUACAAGUUCGCCCACCCCGUCGUCGCGGCGGUGCAAGGAGCGGUCGAAGCCGAGUUCGCUGCAGGCCUCACGCGUCUCCGAGCCACGGUGAAUGCAACGGUGGACCGUCUCACGAGCGAAGGCGAUGCCAACGUCGCCGUGGCGCAACGCGCGUUCCAAGACCUCUUUGCGACGCUCAUGACCCGCUUCCACGACGGCUACGUCGUGAGCAACUUGACCGACGCCGUGCCUGUCGUGGCGCCGAUGGGAUACCCCGACUGGUGGCUCACGGCCGCCGGCUACUACGACGGUAGCCAUCAAUCGCAGUACGUCCUCGUGACGGCUUGGGUCGCGGUGGUGCUCAGCGCAGCCACUGGCUUUUGGUUUGGCCAGCGAUCCAACCGUCACGUCGAGCGUCGCGGCUACGUCCACCUCAAGUAGGCCACGUAC